CUAUUUGAAAUAUAAUAUAUAUUCUUCUGCCAAUUAUUUUGAAUAGAGUUUGCAAAAAUGUAAAACAAAAUCAUUAAAUAUUAAUUUUAAAAUGUUUAAAUAUAUAAAUUUAUUGAUUAACUGUGUUAUUGUUUCUCUUAGUUAUAAGUACUUAUGUUUGAUUCAUGUUAGUCGCGAUAAAAUAAUGCAAUAAAAGAAAAUUGACAGAACGAUCGUCAAACGCUACGCAGUUUCACAAGCUUCAAUUCUACUUUUCUCGUUAAGUUUUUAUCGGGACCAAAAAUUGGUUAACGGCUGUGUUGCAUCUUUCGCUGAAUAUUAGCAAAGUUAUUUCUCAUUCGAGCGUACAUGAUAAUCAAGUUAAAAUGUUAGGAUUUAUGUUCUUGUGCAUGAUAUUGAGUGCUGCAAAGGUACUUGGAGAGGAUUGUGCGAACCAAGAUCAAGGACAUUGUUCAGCGACUGAACGUCAGAAUUUUGACCAGGAGACUGAUUGGCAACGCGCUACUUCCAUUUACGAUUUUCAUGCCAAAGAUAUACAUGGAAAUAAUGUAUCAUUGGAGAAGUAUCAAGGACAUGUUGCUAUAAUUGUUAAUGUGGCAAGUGACUGUGGAUUGACUGACAGAAAUUACAAGCAGCUUGUGACACUCCAUCAGAAGUAUAAGGAUUCUCAUGGACUUAGAAUUUUGGCCUUUCCAUGUAAUCAGUUUGGUGGUCAGGAGUCAGGCACUGCACAACAGAUUUUGGACUUCGUCAAACGCUACAAUGUUGAGUUUGAUAUGUUUGAAAAGAUUGAUGUAAAUGGGGACAAGGCUCAUCCUCUGUGGAAAUGGCUCAAAUCUCAACAAGGCGGAUUUCUUACCGACGAUAUCAAAUGGAACUUCACUAAAUUUGUUAUUGACAAACAAGGACAUGUGGUCAGCCGUUUUGCACCUACAACCGAUCCUUUGGAGAUGGAAUCAGCUCUUAAGUCAAUAUUUUAAAUAAGCCUCAAGAAAAUCGAAGAUGAUAAUAACAAGUUACAAUGGUUUAACGAAAUGGAAGACUCAAAAAAUAUAAAUCAUGUAGUCAUGUUGUUGGAUAAUGAUAUAUAUAAUACAUUAUGGGCUUGUAUUGUACCAUAAUACACAUAUCUUAUGCACUUGUUAUAAUGCUUUUAUGUAGAUUAUAGUUAAUAUCAAGAAUUUAUACAUUAAAACGUAUCUUUUUAAAUGAAUUAAAUUAAUAUUGCUUUUGUAUUUUUUAACAUUACAAAGAAAGUUUUUAACAAAGUUACAAGUUGAUGUAACAAGACCAUGAUAUUGAUGAGUUUCCAGGCUCAAUUUUUGUACGAAAUUUUUGACUAAUACAACAUGCUGUUUCAAUACUCAUUUACAUAAUACAUAAAUAUAUUUGA